AUGCGCCUCUACCGACUGACAGCGCUCACACUCCUUUCCAUCUCACUGUCCUUGACGCUGGCCAAGACCCCCACUACCUCCUCUGAUCAUGGCUUCGUCGUCCGCAAGACGCGCAGCCACGCUGAGCUCGCAUCCCGCCUUGACUUCAAGGCUGCUGAGGACACCGCCAGAGACGUCGUUGGCGAUGUCAUCAAGGCCGUCAUCAACGAGACUGUAGGCUUUGUGGCCACUCGCCUGUCACUGAAGCACGUACCCGUCAUCGACAAGCCCAAAGCCAGCGACAAGAAGCUCAUCCACGCUUUCAGGAUGACGACGCCUAACGGUAGAACCAAGUACCGCGUCCUACCGAGCGGGGGCGAGUUUCGUUUGCCCAUUACCAUUGGCGGCAAGUCCUACGAGCCCUUGGCUGACACGGGUAAGCGCACAAACGGGCCAGAGGGCUCCUCGGACAUUCUGCUUGACUCCAAAGCUGGCUACAUUGGGCCACCCGAAUCGAACACUGGCAAGCGCUUUCACGCCGCCUACGGAGGGGGCGCCGAUGUCCAAGGCGACAUUUACCUCGACAAUGUCACAGCGCUUGGCAUCACAAUCCCCAAUCUCGCCGUCGGCAAAACAACGACGGGCUCAUUGAUCGCAGAAGACCUCAAGCCACCCCCUUCUGGCGUCUUUGGUCUCGGUUACGACGGCAGCUCUACCUUCUUUCUGAACACGGGCGACAAGAGGCUCGAGCCCUUCAUGGUGCGAAGCGUCAGAACUGGCUUGCUGAAGCAGUUUGCGAUCGACCUUAGUACCAAAGGAGGUAGCAUCGACGUCAACUCUGCGGUGAACUCAGCGGGCGUUGGGUUCACCAACAUCGGUGAGGACGGCUACUGGUCGCUCUCCGGAACCAUCAAUGGCCAAACUAUAUCGGGUACCAUCGACAGCGGUACCGAUCAUAUCCUCGGCCCCAAAGACGAUGUACUCAAGCUUUUCAAGGCGAUGGGGCUGCAGAUCAUCGAGGAUGACGUCGGUAACGUCGGCGCACACGUCGGCUGCUACAAGGGAGCGACCCUGGAUUUCGUCUUCGGCUCGGCAACGGCUACGGUGACGGGCCCGACAAGCACGACACCGCGCGAAGAAGGAGGCUGUGUCUUGUCGCUAUUUGGCGUUGAUGGCCUCACCGACUGGAUCAUCGGGCAGCCCUUCUUCUUCAGCACCUACACAGUCUUCGAUCCUGUCAACAAGCGCAUCGGCCUCAAGUCGAAGCAGCCUUCGGAGAGCGUUCCCAGCACCGCUGGUACUCCUCAAAAUAGCACCGACCCCACCAACAACGGAACUACCACUGAUACCGGUCCGACGACGAACACGACGGUGACCAACCCUCCUACCGACACCACCAACACCACCAACACCACCAACACCACUGGCACUCCGACGAUUCCGAUUCCCACCGUCGGUCCUCCUAGCAAUAGUACGACGACCGUGAAUCCUCCUACCAUCCCAAGUCCUGCAGACGACCCGCACCGGGUCGCUAUCCCCAACGGGCCUUGGCCAAUCGAUCCUUGCCACGGCGGAUCGUGCAAGGAAGAGCAGCCGAAGAAGGCGAGCGUACUUAAGGCCCCCGGCCGUUGCCCUAGCAAGCAUUCGCGCUCCUAA